CAGCCGUGGACGCAGCGCUACCAUGAAACUAGGAGAGCGUCACGGUUUAUUUCUUUAUUAUAUUUCCCUUCAUAAACUCAUUCAAAAUGGAUUCUGCAAAUUAUGUAGCAAGACUGAACGAAUAUGCUCAGAAAGAGCGGCUGCUGCUGAAGUAUGAGGAAGUUGGAUCUGUUGGUCCUGACCACAUCAAGACGUUCAGUUUAAAAGCUGUUGUGAAUGGAAAGGCUUACCCUGAAGGAGUCGGGAAGAACAAGAAAGAAGCCAAACAGAAUGCUGCUAAAAAUGCCUUGCAGUGCUUGUUGGAAGAACCUUCAGUUUCCAGAGGCAGCAUUGAAGAAGCUCCUCCUGCUCAUAUGCAGCUGAAAACUAAUUACAUGUGUUGGCUGAAUGAAUAUGGACAGACUAAUAGGGUUGUCAUAAGAGCUGUGGAAAGCAUCACACCUGGACAAAAUACUUUAACUCAGGGUUGUAGGUUUGUGGUGGGAGAUAAGGAGUAUCCUGUUGCUUAUGGGAGGACAAAGAAGGAUGCCAGGGAGGAAGCUGCAAGGCUGGUGCAUCAUGAGAUCAUGGGCGGUGAAACAUUAGACACUGAAGAUGAUCGAGACAGCGGGACAUCCAGUCUGCAUUGUGAAGAAGUUUCUUCAGAUAUAAGUAAUCGAGUUAAACGGUUGAGCCUGAAGUCUGAUGACAGCAUCUUAAUGGACACAAACUUCAUAGGAAUGGUCAACUCUUACUGCCAGAAGACAAGGCGCUCCUGUGUUUAUAAAGAGGAGAAAAGAUGCGGCCCCCCCCAUAACCCGGUAUUUUUCUACAAGUUAUUGAUUAAUGACACGGAGUUCCCCGUUUGUGAGGGCAAGAGCGCCAAGGAGGCCAAACAGAAAGCAGCCCAAAUGGCCUGGUCUGCGCUGAAAGAGCAGUCAGACUGGGACAGCAAGGUUGCCAGGUCCAAUGAUGGUGCGCAAUCCAAGAACUCCCCUCCAACAAGCAUACAAGACUCUGGUCUUGCAAAAGCACCUCAUGAGACACCAAGUAGAAGUGAAUCAAACCCUCCCAAAGAUCAGGUGAAAAGUCCAAAAGUGAAGCCUCAAAUAAGAAUCGCAGCAAAAUUUCUGAAUAUCUCUGAGAAAAGCAAAGAGGAUGUGCUAAAUUUCAAAAAAGAGGGUAGAGGAAAUCCUCCGAGUGUAAAAUCACCAACCCAGCCGGUUUCAAGCAGGUUUACUGCAGACUAUGACUCCAUCGAACGACUCGAUAAAGGAUCCUUUGGUCGUGUUUUUAAAGCAAAACAUAAGCUGGAGGAUAAAUAUUAUGCUGUUAAGAUUGUACACUACCGAGAAAAAACUCUGCAGGAGGUAAAGGUGCUGUCAGACCUGAAUCACUGCAACAUUGUUCGAUACCACUCCUGUUGGCUAGAAGACGGGACCUAUCAGUGGGACACGUCUACUGGCAGCAGCAGUGCUUCACAAUCUUCCACUGACCAGCCUUCAAAGUUCCUCUACAUUCAGAUGGAGUUAUGCGAGAUUAAAACACUGAGAGUUUGGAUAGAUGAGAAAAAUAUCCAGAACCACAAAAAAUCCCUCAGAGACUUCAAGAGACGAGAAGAAAGUCUGAACUUUGCUUUGCAAAUGAUCAGUGGAGUCGAGCACAUUCACUCCAGGAAGCUCAUCCACAGAGACCUGAAGCCUGCUAACAUCAUGUUCAGUCGGAACGGCACAGUGAAGAUCGGAGACUUUGGUCUCGUCACGUCUGAGAUUGAAGAUGAUGCAGAGAACCAGAAGGAGAGAAGAGGGUACAAAGGAACACCAUCUUACAUGGCUCCUGAACAGAGGAACAGGAAGUUAUAUGAUCGAAAGGUGGACAUAUUUGCUUUGGGGCUGAUAUUUUUUGAACUCCUUUGGAACAUACCAACUCUUAAUGACAAGAAUGAGAUGUGGGACAAGGUCAGAAACCAGGAGCUUCCUCAAGGAUUCAUCUAUCAUUUUUCCCGAGAGAGCCAAAUGAUCAACUCAAUGCUGUGUAGUAACCCAGAAGAACGACCUGAAGCAAGUAAAAUAAAAAUAAAUUUAGAAGAGCAUAUACAUUCACUUGCAGAGCUUAAAACCAAGCAGCGUGACAGUAAAACUAUCUGAACGUUUGCAGGCCUCACAAAGAUCAACUUAACUUAAGAACAUGUUUUUUGUAUUCUUCUAACAGAUGCAAUGAAGCUGCUUCAGAUUAUAGACUUAAUGCAACCUGUAAUAUCUGAACUUUGAAGUAUUUGCUUUUAUGACAAAAUCACAUUCAUAUGAGAACAUAAAAUACAUGCCUGAAGGAACUUUUAAAUUAUAAAAAACAAAUCCUAAAAUAAAUUUUUUUAUUGCUUAUACCCAGCAAAAUUUCACAUUAGAAAAAAUUAUAUUUGCAUAUUUUUUUAUGCUUUGAAGCUGGAAUUUUUUUUUUUUUUACUUUCAAACGCCCUAAUUGAAUUUCCUGCCUGUUUAAUUUUAUUGCAUAGCCAAUAUCUUGAUUAAUAAAUAUGUUGAAUUUUGGAGUUUUUAUAUAUUAAGUAUGCAAACUUGUGUCUUACAAGAUGGAGUCAGAAAUACAGAUGGCUGACAGGUGCAAGUGUGCAGCAAAUGGCAAAACACAGUUCAGACACAUGAGUGAUGCAAC